AUUUAUGGGGCCGAUUAUUUAGUGCGCUAGCUUCAUGUAGCUUUUUUUUUGUUGUGUGUGUGUGUCUGUGUGCCGCUGUGGAGAAGCAAAGAAUCGAAAGUGCUGGAGUGUUUUCAUCCACCAGGAUCUGGGGAAUGGUUAUUUUCACUUUUGAAAUGACUUGGCACUGUAAAAGAGAUUGGUGAACUUGCAGUCGGGGGGCAGUUUGACAGUUCCUGGUCAGAGAGAGAGAGAAAGAGAGCAGUGCUAAAAGCCAUCUCUAUUUACAUGACAUUGCUGUGAGAAUGCUGCUAACAGAUGACACUGCCACUAUGCCCGUGGAGAGGAUGCGUAUGCGACCAUGGCUGGAGGAACAGAUAAACUCGGGUAAAAUACCAGGACUAAAAUGGGUUCAUAGGGAAAAGAAAAUAUUUCAGAUUCCAUGGAUGCAUGCUGCACGGCAUGGCUGGGACGUAGAGAAAGAUGCACCUCUGUUUCGAAACUGGGCCAUACACACCGGCAAAUACCAACCAGGAGUGGACAAGCCUGACCCCAAAACAUGGAAGGCAAACUUCCGCUGUGCUAUGAACUCCCUUCCUGACAUCGAGGAGGUGAAAGAUAAAAGCAUCAAAAAAGGAACAAACGCCUUUAGGGUUUACAAGAUGCUGUCAGCGUCAGAAAGACAGUCAAAGAGAGGAAAGAAGAGACCAGAUAAAGACGUAAAGGUAAAGGAUGAGCAGCAAUGCCCAGUUUCCUCUGCCUGGGAGAGUACCAAUGGCUCCACAAGGAGUGCAGGAGCGCUAGCAGUCAAACAGGAAGCAGAUCACACUGUCACAGAAACAGAAGCUGGUAGCCACAGCCCCUCCGAAGACCAUCUGAUCAUCCCGGACGUGUGUCAGACUAUCGAGGUGGUGACGGAAAACGAGGAGCAGGCUGUGAGCUCCAGCCACACCUAUCCCCUUCAGAUCUCUCCAAUGUCCUCAUACGGAGAGAGCGAUACUGACAGCGUGCAGAGUGAAGAGGACUCCAAAGAGCGCAUGCGAGCACUUGUAUGGGCCUCUAAUCAUGCGGAGGCAAAGCCAGCCCUGGACAGCUCAGCGAUGCGGACGUCUUUACCCAGCAUGUCCACUUUCAUCACUCAGUCUAAGCCCAACUUCAGGAUUACAACUGUCCAGGACGCUUCAUCCACUCCUUUUCAUGGCCCCUAUACCAGCGGAGGACCAUGGAGCCUCUUGGCCACGCCUCACUCUCCAUCACAACCCCCAGCAGCUUCCAGCAAACCCCCUGUCCAUGAAAAACGGGCCAGCGUCAUCAUGAAAACCUCAGACGUAUCGAAAUCUGUCAAGAGUUAUUGAGGAAAACCACUAGUUCUUGAUCCUGGCUUCAUUGAAGGCUGUACUGAACUUGAACAUGGAGCAAAGAACCUAAGCAACACUCUGUUGCCUCCUAUUGAUGAUCUCACAGCUAGCGAAGAUGAUGAUGAUGAUGCUGAUGAUGAUGUCCGGCUCGGUGAACAGCUCAUCUUAGCCGUGGGUGAUAUAAGACAUGAUACAGGGCAAAAUGCAGGAUUCAUUGCAGGUCCAGGCCUUAAAUUCAGGGAGCAGUCUAGUGCGGUGACAGAUGUCAUCACUGCCAUUGUGCCAUUGUUUCCAGCUCGUUUUGGAUGUGUAUAUACAGGAGAGUCAUAAUGUCGAAUCAGUGGCAUUAGCUUUAGCACCUUAUAGAAAAGCACUGAAUGAGAUUAUCUGUGGCCUUCUUUCUUUCUCUAUAGCACCACGACUGUGUACACACACUUCUCUGAAAGGAUUCGUUAGUUUGUGUCUCAUGUCCACCAAAGAAAGCACUUUUAAGCCUUUUUGUAUCUCAGAAUCUGACUUGGUCCUGUAUAUUGCUGUGUCUUAAAGGAUUUUUUUUUUAAAAAGGUUUAAAGGAUAUUUACAUUUUUGCCCAGUAUAAUCAUUUUUGAUUCAUGAAUGACAGCAAUGGCACCUAUUUGAUGUUUGUUUGUUUUUUUAAGAAAAAAUACAUAUUUUUUGCUUUCUACUGUAUGCGUGAACAUAAAUGUACAUAUAAACAAAUUUAACUAUACAGUGCUGUGAAAAAGCAUUUGCCCCUGAAUUGGUUUUCUGCAUUUUUGCGUAUUUUAGAGUAGAUGCUAAAAUCAGAAUAUAGAGUUUCAUUGUAAGAAGUAGGGGUGUGGUUUGGACAUAAUAUUCAAUUUUGAGAAGUUGCACCGGAAAAUAUGUGUGCAAAUCUCUGUGAAUACACCUCACCUUCACCUCCAAGCAGCUGUGCAAUGCCUUGUCUUGAAUCAAACCUUGAGUAGAUUAAGGUCUUUGCACAGCCUGAAUUCUCCAAGGACCCUUGAGAACUGAUUGGCACUCUAUAUUUCACCUCCAGACAGUGGAGACGCAGCUGGAGUCAUUCGGCCCAGAGGUGUGCUGGCUUUCUGCAACCUCAUAAGAGUUCUCAGGAAACAAACUGUCCAGGUAACAAGCACAUGCUCAUGGUAUGCUGGGACUCAUCACCCCUCCCUCACAUGCCUGUUACACAUGCUUGUUUGAGAUCCACUGAAAUCUCUGUACACGUGGAUUCAAGUACAGGAAAAUAAACACACACACACACACACACAUCCCAGGAAGUCAGGUUCAGGUGUUCUAUAUCAGCCUAAUCCCCCAGCCGUGUAACACACAAUGCACUGUGUAGAAAAAAAUAUUAGCAUCCUUGCUCAACAUCUGUUAAUCACACGUUCACCAACAAUAACUGCAAGAUCAAAUGAUUCCUGUUAGCAUUUUCUAUGCUUCAGAGAAAUCAUAUGCACCUUCCUCCAUACUAACAUGUUUAGGUCUAGGCCAUUCAUUAAAAAUAAUGAAAAAUAUAUAAUUUUUUUUAACAUCUCCUUGUGGACCAUUCAAAUGAAUAAUUACCUGUUUUUUUGGGGGUUUUUUUCCAUUUCAAGACACAACGUUAUGUUGAACAUUGCACUCCAGAAAACUUAAUUGAUGCUGACCAGGACAAGACUUUAAUCAUCUGUCCAAAGGUCACUCUUCUAGAUAUUUUGCAAAUCAUCUAAAUGCUUUUGGGGAAAAAUUUACUCUUUUCAUUUCCAUUUUGGACCAGCGUCUUAUUGAACACAUCGCAGGUAGAUAUGAGGAUCCAUUCACAAGGUUUUAUGGUAUUCGGUAAUUUUGCCAAGACAGGCACUCAACUUUACUACUGUCCUGAAAUGUUCCUAAAAGGCCUCUGACAGGGAGCCAGCUGAGCCACACGAUCUGAUUAUUCACUCUUAAGUAAACAUAAGCAGACUUUAUGCCAAAGUCUCAUUUAAUCCUCAUACAGUCAUUUUUUUAUUGUUAUUAUGCAGCACACUGAAAAAUACAUUUCAUGGUGCUCAGGUGUCAAACGAAACACAAAGCAAAUUAAGCGUGGAAAUGUAGAAAAUCAAACAGGUGGCAAAAAAAAAAAACUUCUUCAUAUAACUGCCCUUGUCUGUGACUGUGUAUGGAAGUGUGUUCAUAUAACCAAAUGUGUCUCUAUACACAUUUAUGGGCUUCUCAAUCCUGUGGAUCAUUGAAUAUCUAAUUAUAUGAUAAGAAUGUUAUGUAAAAUAAGAAUUUCUUGAUAAUAAAUAUUUUUAAAAAACAGUUUCUGGAUUUGAAUUG